AUGCCUCUACUCGAGAUUGUACGGACAGAGAAGACUUCUGCACAAGUAAUUCUUGAUCUUAUAACAGUAGGGAAAACCAUAAAGAAAGUUCCUGUAGUGGUGGGAAACUGCACCGGCUUUGCUGUCAAUCGAACCUUCUUUCCAUACGACCAGGGUGCACAGAUUUUGGUCAAUUUAGGUGUAGAUGUGUUCAGAAUUGACAGGCUGAUCUGCAGCUUUGGUCUUCCUGUUGGGCCAUUUCAGCUUCAAGAUGUGGCUGGAUAUGGUGUAGCUGUCGCAGCAGGGAAAGAAUUUGCUAGUGCCUUUCCUGAUCGGACAUUCCAGUCUCCUUUAGUUGAGCUUCUCAUAAAAAGUGGGCGAAAUGGUAAAAAUAAUGGAAGAGGAUACUAUGUUUACCAGAAGGGAAGUAAGCCACAACCUGAUUUUUCUGUGCUACCAAUUGUUGAGGAAUCGAGAAGGCUCACUAAAAUUAUGCCUGGAGGAAAGCCUAUAUCUGUGACUGACCAAGAUAUUGUGGAGAUGAUAUUCUUUCCAGUGGUGAAUGAGGCAUGCCGUGUGUUGGAUGAAGGAGUAGUAGUUCGGGCAUCAGACCUUGAUGUUGCAUCUGUUCGUGGAAUGAGUUUCCCUUCUUACAGGGGUGGUAUCAUUUUCUGGGCCGACUUGGUUGGGGCUAACCAUAUAUAUACAAGUCUUAAGAAGUGGUCAGAAGCAUAUGGCAACUUCUAUAAGCCAGCAAGGUUUUUGGAAGAAAGAGCAACAACAGGCGUUCCAUUGAGUGCACCUGCUUCAACAUCCUCAGCUUCAAGAUCACGUCUAUAAGCAAUAUAUCAAACCUGUACUCCCCCAACAUCCCCACCACACUUACCAACAGAAGAAGAUAAAGGAGAAAAAUUCUCCCAUUCUUCUGGAAGCAAAUAAUAAGAAAUGACCUACAGGUGGAAAAGAACUAGCAUUGUUUCAAAAGUUUUCCUUUAGUUCACCUGCAUCAUUCUUCUUGCAUAGGUUGCAUACUAAUUACUGGUUGGACCAUGUUUCGAUUUGGUGAACUGUUGAAGAGAUAUCUAUUUUCUGUCUUUUUCUGGUUCAGCAGAGGUCUCUGCCUCUUUUUCUUGCAUCAAGGACCACUGGUUGCCAAAUCAGUUGUACAAGAAAGUGAAAAGUGAAGUUAACCAAGAGGUAGGUCAAAUAGUAACAGCCUCGUAAGGACGAACUGUAAAUUCAGAUAUUUUAAGUUUGAAUUUUGGUAAUUCUUUAAGUCAAUCAUUAGUAUCUUUCGUGAA